UACUAAAAAUUGUUUUUUUUUUAUCAAUAUUUUAUUUAUUAAUUUUAUGAUAUUAUGUCUGUACUAACCAUUUGUUUUGGUACUUGUGGAAUACGUUUUACCCAUAGUUUUUAUUCCACUAUUUUUAAUGACAAUAACGCUUCUGAUUCUAUUGUUACUCAACAUGUUAAUCAAGAGUACAAACAUACAAGUGAGUCUUGUUUCUUUGAAUUAAAAUCUAAUGGUUAUUUGGAACCCAGGUCAAUUUUAAUAGAUAUAGGAGAUCCUAAUAUUGGUGAUACCUUGACAAAAUCAAAAAAUAGUAAUUGGGGAUUUGGACAAAAUUCAUUAGGAUUUAAUUUUAUCGAUGGAUCAACAAAUAACUGGUCAUAUUGUUAUUAUGUCAAAGGUCCUGAAAUGUUUGAAGAUGUUUCUAGUCGAUUGAGAUUUGAAAUAAAUAAAAUUGAUAAAAUUGAAUAUUUUUUAAUAAUAUUAUCACCUUCAGGUGGUUGUGCUGGAUCAGCAUGUUUUAUACUUGAAAAAUUAAAACAAGAUUUUCCUAAAAUUCCUUUUAUUGUAGUAUUUGUCAUGCCAUAUCAGUCUAAAGAUGCUAUCCAAAAUUACAAUACUUCUUUUACUAUUAGCAAACUGUACAGUAUAUCAGAUUGUAUUUUUUUAUUCGAAAAUUCUGUUUUACAAGAAGUUUGUCAAGCUGGCCAUUCAGAGGUCAAAGUUUCAUUUGAUGAUUUGAAUCAAAUAGGUUGCAAACAAUUAAUAUCUAUUUUUCAACCAGUAGAACAUCAAACGUUUCCAUAUUUUCUGUCUCUUGUACGUCAUAAUCAAAAAUAUAAAAUUUUAAGAUUAAUAUCGUCUCCAAAUUAUAGAAGAGAAUAUUCUUCUUAUGAAUCAACUCCAAGAUGGGAAGCAAUUGUGAAUCAAACUGUACGCUUGUUAAAUACAUCACAUUGUGUAUCGUUUGGAAAUUUUGUUGUAUAUCGAGGUGAUACUUCCAAUGAUAUCAAUAAAUUAAAUUUUUUUGAAAAGUUAAAUACUUUAUCUUUUUCUAAACAUAGUUUAGAAGAACAUAAAUUUUCUCAAAUGUUUCAACAAAGACAUUUUAUGGGUUCCAAAUAUUUAAGUUUAUUGUCAAAUAACUCUACCAAUGUUUCUGGUUUAAACUCUGUAAUAAAAUUAGCUAAACGAGCUUUUUCCCAUAAAGCAUUUAUACAUCAUUAUAUUCAAUAUAAUACAAAUAUCAACGAUUUUAAAAACAAUUUUUCUAAUGUGAACCAAAUUAUUAAAGACUAUUAUGAAUUAGAUUGAUAUUACAUUUUCAUACAAGAUAGAUUUGUUUUUUUUUUUUUUAUUAAUUAUUAGAUCUCAACAUAUUAGUAGUAAUAUGUAAUAAUAUUUUCUAGUCAGUUGUCACAAAUUAGUCUUAAGGUGUUCCUAUAUAUUUUUUCACUUUACUCCUGUUUUAAUCAAAUUUUUAAUUAUUGAUACCUAUUACCUAUGUAUAUAAUGAUAAACAAUAUUUUUUUUUUUAGUGUGCUACUGAAAUUGUACAGACUUAAGUGUCAUUUUUCACAAAUAAUAAAUCAUCUUUUAGUUUUAAUAAAACACACUUCUGUGUUUUUUUUUUCAUCCCAUAUUUAGUUGAAUAGUUUAAUUUAAGUUUACAAUAUCAUAGAACAAUUUUUAUUAUCAUUUGACAUUGUAUAAAACUUUGUUUACAAGCUUAUUACUGUCAUUUCAUAUACUUUAUAGGUUUACCAAAAUAUAUUAGUAUUUAAUGAACCCAUAGAUAUUUAGCUUAUUCAUGAAUAGUCAUCUAUUAUUUAUUGGUCCAUUCAAUUUUUAUGAGAUUUUAAAUUUAGUAAAACUGCCGUGGAAUCCCAUUAUAAAUAUUAAUACAUAUUUAGUUACUGUAAAUAUAUCGCAUGGUAUACAUUUGAAUUUUUUUUUUUUUUAAAGUAGCAAAUAAAUCUUGUGUAAAUACAAUUUAAAAUUAAAUAAAUAUACUCUAUAUACGCCUAUUCAACUACUGUUAAUAAUAUUAAUUUUACUGUACAUAUAGGUGUAUCAGCCUAGUAUUUAAUUUUUUUUUGUUUAAUAAACAGUUAUCAUUAUUAGUGUUUUUGUCUUCACAAGUGUUUGGUUAUUUCAAGAUUUUUAUGAAUUAAAUAUUUAUUUUUGUUUCUCAACAUCAACAGACAAUCCACAAUUUUCUUAUGAGUGAUUCAUGUCUAUUCAGUUGAACACCGAUCAAGUUGAAUAGGUGUACAUGAGGUUUUUAUAUAAAUCAAAGGUAACAUUUUUAAAUAAUGUACACAAGGCCUUUUUUUGUCAAUCACUAUUUAAUAAUUAUUGAUCAUAAACUUUUUGUUCUUUACUUAAUAAUUGAAUUCCUUUAUUAGUUAUGGCUAUAUAUUUGUUUAUUUUUUUGUAGUAUACAUUUUGGUUUGGUAAUAAAAUUAUAAUUAGAUAAAAAGGGCCUGUAUCAGUCAUAAAAUAUUAUUUAAAAUUGUUCUUUUUUAUUUCCACAGGAACACGAAAAAAAUGGUGUUAAGAAAGAAAUUAAA